AUGAGCUAUCAACAGUGGCGCCCCGGUAAGCGGGUUGCUAUUGCCGGAGGAGGCCCCGGUGCCAUCUCAACUGGCCUCGCAUUUCUCAAACGCGGAUACGAUGUGCGCAUAUUCGAGCGGCAACCUGAAUGUAAAGCCAUCGGAGGCGCUGUCCUCCUGUCCACCCCUGUGUUGGCGGUUCUACGGUCUUACGGAAUGAGCUUGGAAAACGUGGGCUCUUAUACAGUCACGUACUUCAAAAACAAGGCGGGUUUAGAACGCCUUAAACUGCCUUUUAAUGCUGAAGUCGAAAGAUGCAUGGGUAUUAAAGGUUGGCAUUAUGGAGUCUUGCGCUCAUCUGCCUUCAAGAAGAUGCUUGAGCUUGUUCCAGAAGGUGUUAUCUAUAUCGAUCACGAAUUCGCCAAGUACAGUGAACUAAACGACUCUGUGGAGGUUGAAUUCACAAACGGGAAGAAAAUAACGGCUGAUAUCCUUGUCGGUGCUGAUGGGAUCAGGUCGAAAGUUUCAAGGCAGGCAUUUGGUGAUCCGAAGCUUUUUCACACGGGAAUUCGUCUCUGGUUGGCCUGGUGUGAUUAUAUACCAGGGAUUCCAGAGAAUUAUGGUAUGGUCUCACAUGACUCGCAAUACCAGGCCAGCUUCUUCCCAAUGUUGCACGAUGGCAAGCCGGGGUUCGAAUGGUGGGUUGUGGAACCGUCCUGGGAAGGAAAACUAAUACCAGAAAACCCUAAGGCGCAUCUCACCAAUAUUCUUAAGGAUUGGGGACAGCCCAUGCCUCGUUUUCUGGAAGUCACCGACUUCGACACCCAGGUGUAUCGAUGGGAAAUCUAUAACCGACCAUCGAUGAAUAAAUGGUCGACUGGACGGAUUGCUUGCGUUGGGGAUGCCGUGCACCCAGUAUCACCCUAUGCAGCUUAUGGUAUGGGCAUGGCGAUAGAAGAUGGCUAUUACCUUGCCAAAUCUCUUGACGGUGUUGACCUGCGUGAUCCGCGAGCAGUCGCUGCCGGUUUUGAGAUUUAUGAAAAGCAGCGGGUAGACUAUGUCAACCACAACAUGGAAUUUGCGCGUUUUCUUGGACAUAUGUUUCAUGGUUUGCCUUGGCCUCUUGCAAAACUUCGUGACUUGAUAUUUGACUACACUCCCGCGCUGAGUAAGUACCUGAAAACAGGUUAUCUCAAAAAGGCCGAAGAGGAAACAAUGAACUUGAAGGAGCUUCAAGUCAUUAAAGAAUGA